AUGGCUCUUCAAUACCAUCCUGAUGUAUGCACUAGUAAUACUAAUAAUAAUACUGAUUUUCUGACGAAGGAAGAAUCGACUAAACGGUUCAUUGAGUUGAGGAAGGCGUACGAAACCCUAUCCGAUCCCUAUUCGAGGAAAAUUUAUGAUUCGGAGUUGGGUUCGGGCGACGGCCUGUUUGGGGUCCAUUUUCCUAGAGAGGUGUGGGAGAGGCAGCUAAACGGGUUGAGGAAAAGGUCCGGUGAACAAAUGAAGACAAGGAGAUCUAGAUCACCAUACGAUGAGUAA